GUCAGUCACUUGCGGUUAUUAACUCUAAUUAACCUCCAUAAUUAUUGUGUUUGAAAAUAAGUGCGGACACGAUAUUGGAGUAAGUUAGACUGACUGAAGAUGGAUCUGGAGACGAAAGAUAUUAUUGAAAGCUCUGUGUCAAGUGUUCCGAUCCUACUGCCCAAGAGGAAGCGAGGGAGGCCCAGAAAAGUACCUACUGCCACUGACACCGGCACCAUAGACAAAAUUUUAGAUGAGAUGCGAGGAUCCCUGGGAAUCCAUCACCUCAGCAGCCCUCAUGUUGUGGACGUUGUCUCUAUAGACCCGGUCGAGGACUCGGUACCGCCCAUUCAACCCGAACCCCUGAGUGACGAGCCCCUAACCUCCUCUAGUCCUGCGAAGAAAGGCCGAGGCCGACCACGGAAGCACCCUCAACCAGUCCCUGGCACAGAGCCCGAAAUCAAACGAAAGAGGGGACGACCUCCCAAGACCCCUACAACACCCACGAAAUCAGUAGCGGAUAGUUUGCUGACCGAGCCGGAGAGCCAUAGCCACCCUGUUGUGCCCACGGCGAUGCUGGUACCCCCGCCCGAACUGGUCCCUGAGCCUUCACAAGUGAGUGUUGCUCAGAUCACUGCAUCCACUGACAGCAACCUGGACAAAGCUGAGAUUCCACUUCUUGUGGUUCCUAUCGUGUUACCACUGUCAACAGUGGGAGGAAUAGACUCGCCAUCUUUGGACGAAUCGAUUAAGAAGAAGAGAGGCCGACCAAGGAAGCACCCACCGCCUGUUAUUGACCCAAAUGCUGUCAAAAGAAAACGUGGAAGGCCCAAAAAGAACCCUUCAUCAACCUCACCUGAGCCAAAAAAAGGCCGUGGACGACCAAAAAAGAAUCCUGGUGAUUUCGAAGCCGAAAAUCAACCAGAACGUGAAUGGCAACCCCCUGAGAAGUCUGACGGAGAGAUGCCUGAGAAACGCCCUCGUGGUCGACCGAGAAAACAUCCCAAGCCAGAAAACGAUGAGCCUGUUGUCAAAAGGAAGCGAGGUCGUCCAAAGAAAGAGCCUGUGGCUGGGCCAAUACCCAUUUCGGACCAAAUACCUCCCCCUAAGAAAAAGAGAGGUCGACCAAAAAAGAACCCAGCGGCGGCCAUGGCAGUGAUACCAGCUCAGAGCUCGGAGCCACUUGAUAUAUCUCUACCCUCCUUUCCUGCAGUCUCCAUAUCAUCCUCAUACCCGUUAUUUGGUGCAGACCCGACAAAUUUGAAUACUAGUAGCGGUACAGGCAAACCUAGUAAUGAGGUUUUCCAACAGAUGCUCUCAUGCCCCAGCGAUUCUGAGACUGCCGAUUUUGCGACUGUUCCCUACACCACAGCUAGAAUCCAGAAAAUGCCCAGGAAAGAUUCUCCCCUACUGGAUGAUAGAUUUGUAGAAUCAUCGGACGAAGAAGACUGAACAAUAACAUUAUAGCCAUUUUCAUAUAAUUAUAUAGAUACAAUUAUUCAAAUUUUCUGUUCUAUACUCAUGCAAAUGUACAGUGGAACUGUUAGAUCGCAAUGUUUUCUGUUACUACUUUCAUAAUAAAUUAUACAUUGUAGACUACGCCAGAA